GAGAGAGAGAGAGAGGGGGGGGGGGGGGUAGCCCUCAUAAUUCGCAAUUAUUGUGUUGACGUCGAUUGAUUUUUCCUUGCGCCUAAUUCAUAUAAUUAGACGGUUAUUGAAGAAUCCUUAUUAUCAGUCCUACAUCGAUUUGGGAUCUGCAGAUGAUUUGAUUUGACUAUUUCGAUUUGAGUUUCGAUUGUGGAGAUCAAUCUAUCCCUAAAUCCCUAACACCGGCAGCUGGCACAUCCGUAAGUCGGUCAUUCACAAGUUAAAGCGAUACCUGAACAGAACGAGACUAGGAAGCUACGGAUUGUCCCUUUCUCUUGCUGGAUUAUGGGAAGUUUCCUUCGGUGCUGAAUUCAGGGAGAAUUGUAGGAAUCAUGGAGGCCGAUUCGACAUUUACUUAUUCUUCUGCGACCGAGGAAUCCGCCAUGGACAGAGGAUUCGAGAAAUUCGGCUGCUCGCAUUAUCGGAGGAGGUGCAGGAUCAGAGCUCCUUGUUGUGAUGAGAUAUUUGAUUGCAGGCAUUGCCACAAUGAAGCAAAGAAUGCUUUAGACGUCUAUCCAAUCCAUCGCCGACACGAUAUCCCACGCCAUGAGAUAGAAAGGGUCGUCUGCUCAUUGUGCAACACCGAGCAAGAUGUUCAACAAAUUUGUAUCUCAUGUGGGGUUUGUCUGGGGAAGUACUUUUGCUCUAAAUGCAAAUUCUUUGACGACGAUGUCUCGAAAAAUCAAUAUCACUGCGAUAAAUGUGGGAUCUGCAGAACUGGGGGCGAAGAAAAUUUUUUCCACUGUGACCGGUGUGAAUGCUGCUAUUCAAAUUUAUUGAAGGAUUCACACAAAUGUGUGGAAAGAGCUAUGCAUCAUAAUUGUCCCGUUUGCUUCGAGUAUCUGUUCGAUACCACAAGGAACAUAACCGUGCUGCCCUGUGGCCACACCAUCCAUCUCGACUGUGUUAAGGAGAUGGAAUGCCAUUCCCAGUACUCCUGUCCCAUUUGCUCAAAAUCAUACUGCGAUAUGAGCCACGUCUGGGCGAGGCUCGAUCAGGAGGUGGCUUUGACACCAAUGCCUCCUAUGUAUGAAAACAAAAUGGUUUGGAUUCUGUGUAAUGACUGCGAGGAGACGUCGGAGGUGAGGUUCCAUGUGGCGGGACUCAAGUGUGUCAAGUGCAAGUCGUACAAUACUAAGCAGACUAGGGGAGGCCACACGACGUGCCCGUUUAGAUAACAAUAACAAAAUCAAAAUGGUUGUGGGAGACAGAUUCUAUCAGGGAUGGUUGGUUAGUUGGAUAACAAAAUUGUUGAGGGAGAGAGGUUCUACGUUAAAGCUAUACAUAUAUAUCCGUAUAACUGGAAGUUUAGUUUUGUUGCAUUGAGAUGCUGCUAGUUGAAGAGAAGACAAGACAAGGCAAUACAAGAAUACAUCGAAUCGAAUUCAUGUCAGGUUUUACCAUGAUAUGACCUGACCUCAUUGCAUCCAUACAUAUUUAUCAAGAAAAAGGCGAAAGAGAAGUCGUCAGCCAAGGAUGAAGUAGAAGAAAAAAAACAGUUAUAAUAUUUCACACUUAGACAGUUAACAUUUUGGUUAAAAAAUUUGUCCAUUAACCUCAUUUCUCUAAACUAUUACUAGUACAAUUCUUUUAUUA